AUGUCGGUUAACUUUUCGCCUCUCUGCUAUGUACGUUCAUCACCGAUCGAAUUGAUAAACGAGUCCGGUAAACAAGCGAAUCAUGUUGUCAAGGUUCAACGAUAUCAACUGAGGCUUGGAAUGGUGGUGACGAGUUGGAACAGAGCCACAGAGGCCAUGGCUGUGAAGCUGGGAGAUGGGUAUUGGUUCGUAAAGGCAAGCUUUCUUGAUUUUCUGGAGGCAACGACACUCGUCUAUACUGCACUGGUCAACGCUGGAUAUCGCACUUUCCGAGAUGACCUUGAACUCAAGAAGGGAGAGAAUAUCAAGGCAGAACUAAAGAAAGCAAUCCAGCAGUCCCUAUGCUCUAUCAUAGUGUUGUCAAAACAUUACGCCUCUUCUGGAUGGUGCCUUGAUGAGCUUGUAAUGAUCCUUGAAUGCAGGAGGAUCUCUGAUCAUUUCGUUUUACCAGUCUUCUACGAUGUUGACCCAUCUCAUGUGAGGAAGCAGACAGAAAGUCUUGCACAAGCAUUUGCUAUACAUCAAGAAAAUCAAUCCUUCGACAAGGUAAAAGGAUGGAGGGCAGCACUUACAGAAGUUGCUGAUCUAGCAGGGAUGGUCUUGGAUAAUGAAGCUCAUGGGCAUGAAUCAAAGUUCAUCCAAGAUGUUGUUAAUGUGAUUGGAGACAAUCUAGGCGGUGUCCCCUUAAGCCCUGCAAAUCAAAAGAAAAUCAUGGCUUUAAAGAUUAUGGCUUCUUGGGAGGUCAAAGACUUGACAGAUAGAUCACUGGACACACUGCAGAUGAAGCUGUUGUCUGCUAAGGCUUGUCUCGAUGAUGCCGAGGGGAAGCUACUGACUAAGCCAACUGUGAAGGAGUGUGUUGAUGAGCUUAGAGACGCCAUUUAUAAUGCUGAGGACCUGUUGGACGAGAUCAAAACUGAAGCACUAAGGCGCGAGUUGGAAGGCGAAUAUGCAAGAAGUUUCACAGAUAAGGUACAAGAGCUGAAUUCUAGUCCAUUUCAUGCCUUUGACACAACAUUAAUAUACUCCAGGAUUAAGGAAGUUCAUGGGAGACUAAACUCUAUUACCCAACAGAUAGAUGUCAUGGGUUUGAAAACAGGUGUUGGAAGCAGUACAGUAUAUCAAACUGUACCUUCAACUUCGUUGGUAGAAGACUCUGUGUAUGGAAGAGAUGAGAAGAAGGAGACGGUAGUUAAACUAUUGCUACACAGUUGGCCAGAUAAACAAUUAAGUGACUACUGCUGUGUGAUUUACCCAAGGCGGAAGACACGAUUACUACACGAUGAUGAGAGUGGCAAUAAGAUGAGUGUGAUUCCUAUUGUGGGCAUGGGAGGGAUUGGGAAAACCACAUUUGCUCAGCUCAUAUUCAAUGAUGGGAGAGUGAGACAACAAUAUGAUCUCUUUGCAUGGAUUUGUGUUUCAGAGAAUUUUGAUGUGCUUAGAAUAACACAAAUUAUUGAUGAGCAAAUCAAUUCAACAACUUGUGAUGUCAGGAACCUAGAUCUGCUUCAGGCAAAAGUGAAGAUGACCUUAACAGGAAAGAAAUUUUUCUUUGUUCUGGAUGAUGUCUGGAACGAUAAUUAUCUCCAUUGGGAUUCUUUAAGGCGUCCAUUUGAGUCUGGAGCACAUGGAAGUAUGAUCUUUGUCACAACACGCAGUGAAGGUGUCGCAUCCAUGAUGGGUACAUUUCAAGCUUUCCAUCUAAAGCAAAUAUCUGAUAAACAUUCCUGGUUAUUGUUUGAAAAACAUGCCUUCAAUAGGAAAGGUGUUCCCGCACUCUCAAAUCUCGAAGAAAUAGGAAGACAAGUUGCUAGGAAGUGUCAAGGUCUUCCUUUGGCUAUUAAAGCACUUGGGGGUCUCUUACGUUCUUACAGAAGUGAGGAGGAAUGGAAAAGUAUUUUAAAUAGUGAUAUAUGGGAGGUUGAAAGGAAUGUUAUGCCAGCAUUGCUGUUGAGCUACCGCUAUUUGCCUCAAUAUCUGAAACGUUGCUUUGCCUAUUGUUCGAUGUUUCCCAGAGGUUAUAUAUUUGAAAGAGCUGAACUGAUUUCCUUAUGGAAGGCUGAAGACCUCAUUCCAUCCACCAACAAGAAAAGCAUGGAAGAAGUUGGAGUAGAGUACUUCAACGAUCUAGUCUCAAAGUCGUUUUUCCAACCAUAUCAGUUACGAGCGACAGACAACAAAGCAUAUCAUAUAAUGCAUGACCUAAUCAAUGCUUUAGCAAAAUUCAUUUCUGGAGAAUUUUGUGUCAGGUGGGAAGACAGCGACUCCUCCACCGUUGCGGCCAAGACUCGUCAUUUUUCAUAUAUGAAAAGAUAUGCUCAAAGCAAUGCAAUGAGAAAUUUGAGGCCUUAUGUGAAGCUAUAUCUUUGCGCACCUUCCUACCGUUAA